AAAAAUAUGGCGGCCGUAUAGGGACCCCAGCUAGAAGCUAGUGGUUUAUGCGACCAAUGACAGCAAACGAUCUGUCCCAACCUGGAUUAUCCAGCAACGUUGCCGUGUUCUUCAAUGAGAUGUCAAGUUGAUAGUGAGUAGAGAAGGUUUUAAAUAUGUGGUCGUUGUUUUCACGAGAUCCCGCCAAAGAUUUUCCGUAUGAAAUUGGUGAGGUUGUUGAUGGUCUUGAUGGUAAAAGUAUUUGGACACUUUAUAGGGCCAAAAAAAAGGGCACUUCUGGAGGUGAGGAUGUGUCAGUGUUUGUUUAUGACAUAAAAUCUGGUGAAGAGAGUCAAUUAGAAAUUACCAGAAAUGCUGUUAAAAGAUUGAAGACGCUUAGACAUCCAAGUAUACUCACUUAUGUUGACAGUCUAGAGACAGAUAAAGUUAUUUAUUUGGCAACAGAACGGGUAGAGCCUCUUCAUACAAGAUUAUUGAAGAAAAUUGACAUUGGAGAAGGCAUUAAAAAGGAAUUGUAUUUUUCUUGGGGAGUUUUUCAAAUUACUAGGGCACUUAGUUUUCUAAAUAACGAUGGCAAUCUUCGUCACAACAAUGUAAAUUUAUACUCUGUAUUCGUGAAUGACGAGAGUGGAGAAUGGAAACUGGGAUGUGUUGAAUACAUGACGUCAGUGGAUGCACCUUAUACAUUUUUACCUCACUCUUUACAACACUAUAGUCCUCCUGAAGCUCGAGACAAUGUUAAACCCUCCACAAAAUGCUCAAUUGACAUGUGGGGACUAGGAUGCCUCAUCUGGGAAGCUUUUAAUGGGCCAUUACUAGGACAAACGACAAAGUUAAAAAAUGUUACUAAGAUUCCAGAACAAUUGCUACCCGUCUACGGGGAAUUAACGAGGUCACAUGCUGAGGGCCGCCCAAAUCCGGCGGACGUAAUAGCCAGAUGCCGUAGCAAUGGAGGAUUCUUCAAAAAUGAUCUGGUUGAUGCCCUUCUCUUUCUCGAGGAAAUUCAAAUGAAGGAAAAAGGUGAAAAGAGUCGUUUUUUCUCUCAAUUAGCAGGACAAUUGGACAGGUUUCCAGAGGGAGUUGGAAGAUAUAAAAUACUACCGCAAUUGCUCUCUGCCUUUGAGUUUGGAGAAGCAGGGAGUGCGGUUUUACCUCCGUUGUUGCAACUAGGAAGUCAAUUACCCGAUGCAGAAUAUCAACGUCGAGUUGUGCCCUGUGUUGUCAAAUUAUUUGCGUCCAAUGAUCGUGCGACGAGGCUGAGACUUUUGCAACAGCUUGAUAGAUUUGUAAAUCAUCUGCAGCCUUCUACUGUUAAUGAUGCUAUUUUCCCUCAGGUAGCACGUGGUUUUUUGGAUACAAACCCAGCUGUUCGUGAACAAACAAUCAAGUCUAUGCUUCAUCUAGCACCAAAAUUGGAUUACAAUAAUCUCAAUGUCGAGGUCCUUAGAUAUUUUACCAAAUUACAAUCCAGUGAUGAGCAGGGAGGUAUUAGGACUAAUACUACAGUUUGUCUGGGAAAAAUUGCUCAACACCUCCAUCCGCAGAUUCGUCAAAAGGUGCUGAUCGGGGCGUUCAUUCGUGGAACGAGAGAUCCUUUUCCCCCUGCUAGGAGCGCCAGUUUGUCAGCCCUUGCAAUAACUCAACAAUACUAUCUUCUUCAAGCAGUUGCAAAUCGUAUUCUUCCUGCGAUAUGUCCUUUAACAACUGACGUUGAUAAGAGCGUUAGAGAUCAUGCAUUCCGUGCUAUUCGGGGAUUUUUGUCAAAGCUCGAACGAGUCUCUGAGGAUCCUGGCCUUCGAGAAUCGAUGGAGGCUGAUGUCAAUACUGCAACUCCGAGUCUCAGCAAUGCAGCUGCAACGUGGGCGGGUUGGGCUGUAACGACGAUGACAGCAAAAUUCUAUAGAAGUCAAUCGGACACACCAAAGUCUUCCAAUCCUCACGGUGCACCGCGUAUUCUACUCAACAAACCUGCAUCGCUUGAGCAAGCGAGCAGCUCUCAGAGUAGUGCCAGUACAACUGCAACGACGAGUAGCGCAACGAGUAUGACGUCAUUGGAACCUGAUCAUGACCAUGACUCUCAGCAGACGAGGCAUACGAAUUCUGACGGAGAUUGGGACUGGGACGCUGAUAAUUGGGGAGACAUGGAACAACAACCCUCUACAACAACGACUACGAGUACAAGCAAUCUGUCUACGUGUGCUACCAUUUCGAAAUCGAACGAUCAUUGGACCAGUUUAGAAGAAGAACCGGAAGAAGAAGCUGGUGAGACAGCUCAGGAUCGUACGGAAGCUUCUGAACCAGGUUGGGAUGAUCAGGAAUUUCAAGAACUCGACGAUUUGCAAACUAUUGAGCCAACAGCAGGAUCUGAAUCUAGCAACAAAUUUGAGGAAGCAAAAAGGAAACGUGAGGAGAGGAAACUAGCAAGACAAAGACAAAUGGAAGCUAAAAGAGCAGCCAAACUUCGGACUACAGCAGUUGCUAAGAAAGUUUAAUGUUUUUUAAAAUGAUUGAUAAGUUAAUUUAAGUUGCAGUAAAUUACAUCAAUGAUUCCACAGCGCGUUUUUUCGAAAAUUCGAUUAUAAUUUUCGCCUUGAGCUAAUUGUAGGAUCAAGUUUUUUGAAAAACUCUCUGGAGACCAUGAGAUGUAUGUGAUGAUGAUUUUAAGUUUCUGAAAUCAAAAACUGCCAUGUAACAGAGCGAAGCGAAGUUAAAACUGCGGUUUGUCGGAUCAAGAGACUACUGAUUUAACGUCAUUUAUAUUCUCAAGAAUAACUGCAUGAUACAAAUGCAAUUAAUGGAUUAUUAUUAUUAUUGAAUAAAGAUUUCCAUGUGUAAACAUCAUUAAAAA